CUCAUCCCGGUGCCUACCCAGCCUCAGUCCUACCUCAACCUUGUCUCAACCAACGCAGUCGUCGUAUAUCACCUUAAGCAGAGCAAUAUGACCACAGAAAAAGGGUACCUUGGCGUGACCCUCCCAAUCUCGACCGCCGACUCGAGCGACCGCGAAAAGGAGCUGACCAAGACCUUGAUGGAGGAGCUGAGGAGACAAGGGACGUUUGAGAAUGUAGAGGAGUCGCGAACAAGGGAGCUCGUUUUGGGGCGCGUGGCAGCUGCCGUGAAGAAGUUUGUACGACAAGUCUCCCUCUCUCGAGGGCUCUCCGAGUCCGCGGCCACCGCCGCAGGGGGCAAGAUAUUCACAUUUGGUUCUUAUCGUCUUGGGGUGCACGGAGCAGGGUCAGAUAUCGAUACGUUGUGUGUCGUCCCUAAACAUGUACUCCGCGAAGACUUUUUCGAGACAUUCGAACCUAUCCUUCGUGAAGUAGAGGGUGCGUCGGAGGUUUCGGGCGUUCCCGAAGCGUACGUUCCUAUCAUCAAGGCGAAGAUAUCCGGUAUCCCUCUCGAUUUCCUAAUGGCUCGGUUAGCCUUGUCAUCAAUACCGGACGAUCUGACGUUGCAAGACGACAAUCUUCUGAGAAAUCUCGACGAGCGAUGUAUACGAAGUUUAGGAGGUUCACGCGUGAACGAUGAAAUCUUACGGUUGGUACCUAAUGUUGAGGUGUAUCGGGACUCGUUACGGUGUAUCAAGUUAUGGGCUCAACGGAGAGCCAUCUACUCGAAUGUCAACGGUUUUCUGGGAGGUGUCGCGUGGGCUAUUCUUGUAGCCCGAAUAUGCCAACUUUACCCGAAUGCCGUCGCAGGCGCGAUUGUUAGUCGCUUUUUCAUCAUCAUGUAUCAGUGGUCGUGGCCGCAGCCAGUGCUUCUCAAGCAGAUUGAGGAAGGACCCUUGCAAGUCCGCGUCUGGAAUCCUAAACUAUACCCCGGCGAUCGUUCACACCGGAUGCCGAUAAUAACGCCUGCGUAUCCCGCCAUGUGCUCAACGCACAAUGUGACGCAGUCUACGCAGAUGAUUGUCACGGAGGAGUUCAAGAAAGGCGCCGAUAUAGUCGAUAAGGUUAUAGUAGGAUCGGCUACGUGGGCUGACUUGUUCAGAAAGCACGACUUCUUCCACAAGUACCGAUAUUACCUUCAAGUUAUCGCGUCGACAGACAAUACCGAGACGCAAAUCAAAUGGGCAGGGACGGUGGAGUCGCGGCUACGACAACUCGUCAUGAAACUAGAAUAUGUUGACUCUCUCAUCCUUGCUCAUCCGUUCAUAAAGGGAUUUGAUCAAGUUUGCCAUUGCUCGACCGAGGAUGAGAUACGGUCAGUAGCGUGCGGCGAAAUACCGGAGGCCGUCAGGAAGCGGAAAGCUGAAGACAUUAAGAAUGUCGAGGGGGCGCAGACGGUGUACUCAACGGCGUUCUAUAUUGGUCUCGAGAUUGAACCCAAGCCAGCUGGCGCUACCGGUCCACGAAAACUCGACAUAUCGUACCCAACGACCGAGUUUACGAAAUUGGUAAAGAUGUGGGAGAAGUACAAUGAGACGACAAUGGGUAUCUACGUUCGACAUAUGAAGAGUACAUCACUACCGGACUACGUAUUCGAUGAAGGCGAACGUCAACCGCGGCAGAAUCGCAAACGGCCCAAGAACAAUGCUGGCAAGUCUAGCAACGCCUCCCCCGACGGGCCCAACAAGCGGCCUCGUCCCGAGAGCUCCGCGCCAACUCCGGCACCCGUAGCUGCUGCGGCUGCAGCCGCCACCGCGAAGCAAAAUGGCGAUGACGGGAUCCCUGGUCUCUCAUCAGGUGCGCCUGCCAAUGGUUCCAACGGGGUUUAUCCUACUCCGACGGUUCCUCCUGUCAAAGUGCAGGACAUCAAAUCGCCAACGUUGCCAUUUGGCGAGAGUGCAGCAGCAGCAGUGGUUACUGGAGCCGCCAACGCGCAAUAGUCACCCUUUCUCUUGCCGAUUCCCACAGGCAAGGGUGGUAUGCCCCAGGUUGUUGUAUAGAUAGGUCACCUUCAGAUUCGCGAUGCCAUGAUCCGGGGGCGAACGACUCAUCCACUCACGGGUCUACACGAAAUCCGCUCUUGGGCUCCCGAUCUUGGUUUCAUUCAUCCGUUUUCUAGGGAACAAUCGGGGCUACGGCCGACAACCAUGGCUUUGACUCGACGGUAUGCCGACUAAAUCAAUAGAGGUGUUCGAAUUAGGCGAUAUAAACGAAUAGAGAAUAUCCGACAUGGGCGACAGCGAACACAUGGCGCGUCCGCGUUCUGGUCUUACACCCUCUAAUCCAAAACCUUCUCUUUUAUUUUCUGGUUUGCUUCGCUUGACAUUCGAUUUUUCGCUAAUGGCAUUUUCUCUCCCCCUCCCUUUUUCUUUGAUUUCCUCGUCGCCCCGUAUGGAUUCCCACCUUGUUUCGGGUGCCGAUUCGCUCGAUUCUCGUUCCGUUUGGUUUUGGUUUGGCUGUAGCCCCUGAAUUUCUGUCCUGCUUUUUCCAAGCUGGGCACUUCAUUCUCUUACCUUUCGAGCACAUAAGAUGUAUUGUAGCUUACAUCGUAUAAAUAUUUUUAUGGCCGCC